UUCACUGCAUAAUAAACAUAACUACUGAUAAGUGAUAACACUACCCUUACGAUAUUGAUAUUACAGUACAUCUUUACUCCCCAUUUGAAUAUUUUAUUUUUAAUCUAUUAAUCUUAUGGCUAUAAGCUUUAUUAAACUAUGAUGGGAUGUUAAACAGUACAAGAACUUGUUUGAUUGUAGUCCUACAUUUUAUAUUAAACAAAACAAUAACUUGAUUGUUACUUGAAAACGGAAUCUUGUUUGCAGGUUAUGGGGACUGAUUGGUUAAAAAAGCCUAUCAAAGGUUUGUUAUUAGACAUAUCUGGAGUUCUUAAAAACGGCGAUGAAGUAGUUAAUGGAUCCCUAAUCGCAUUGGAGAAGUUGAGAUUUAGUAAACUUCCAUUCAGACUUGUUACAAAUGAAACUCAAUCUACAAAGGCCGCCUUGGUAAAGGAACUUAAUAAGCUUGGUUUUAACAUAAAUGAAGAGGAAGUCUUUGCACCAGUUCCAGUAGUAGUUAAAAUGUUAGAAAAAAAUAAACUAAGACCCUUCUUACUUGUCCACAAGCAGGUACUGAAGGAAUUUAAAGACAUUGAGACAAGUGAUCCAAACUGUGUUGUAAUUGGAGAUGCUGGACAAAACUUCACAUUUGACAACUUAAACAAAGCUUUCCGCUUGCUCAUUGAUCUGCCUGAACCAGUAUUUUUCUCUUUAGGCUCAGGAAAAUAUUACAAAGAAAAGGAUGGACUGACACUUGAUGUUGGCGCAUUUGCUAAGGCACUAGAAUUUUCUUCUGGUGUGAAGCCAAGAGUUAUUGGAAAACCUGAUCCAACGUUCUUCCUAGCAGCUGUAGAAGACAUGAAUCUCUCACCCUCUGAGGUGGUGAUGAUUGGGGAUGAUAUAGAGUCAGAUGUAGGAGGAGCCCAGGCAUGUGGUCUCCGUGGAGUGUUGGUCAAGACAGGCAAGUUUAGGCCUGGAGAUGAGUCACAUCCAAGAGUCAAACCAGAUGCCAUAGUCAUCAACCUUUACCAAGCUGUGGAAAUGGUCCUUAACAGCCCUGAGACACUAUCGUGAUACUUGUCCUACUUGUUAAUCAAAUGGAACAAAACUUAAAUAAAUCAAAGAUAUCAUUGUU